GGAACGCUCGUUGGUUGUCACUUGACGAACAUUUCAUAUGAGGAUGUAGAUAUUUGUUUGUUUUAGCAUUAAAUAAAUAAUGUCGUUGAAAGGGACGUCGCGAGGUUUUUAUUUUAAUACUGUUCUGUCUCUCGCGCGCUCUUUGGCUGCUCAUCGACCCGCUCCGCUUGACAAGGUCCAGAAACUACAAUGCAUGUGUCCCGUGGACAUCCGUGGUGUUUUCCAGCUGGAUGAGCGGAGGAGAGAUGCUGUGACCGCUCUCGGCAUCUUCCUGGUGGAGUCUGAGCUCCAGCAUAAGGACGCUAUUGUCCCGUACUUGUUGGGUUUGCUGAAGGGAUUACCCAGGGUGCAAUGGAUCGAGGAGAGCUCAGAAAGGAAAGGACGGGAAACACUUCCCAUUGCAGAGAAUUUCUCCUUCUGUUUGGUGACGAUGCUUUCAGACGUUGCUCAGAUGGACGAGUCCAUGCGGAUCCAGAUUUUGGAGGCUGUGAUGAACCUCAUGCAGGUGCUUCAGGAAAUGUGUCAGAACAUCGAAGGCCAAGAUAAAGAAUACCUGUGUAAAUACACUGUGCCCUGUCUGCUCGGCGUGGUACGUGCAUUUGGCCGCUACAGCAAUACAGAGGAGCCGCUGCUCUCUAAACUCUUCCCACGGGUCAGUCCUCAGCCCUUAGGCACAGGAGAUGGGGCGGAAGUCACCCGAAGACGAUCCUUUAACGAUUUCCGCUCCAUCCUACCCAGCUCGCUCCUCACCGUAUGCCAGAGCGACACCUUACGCCGUAAAACCAGCAGCGUUUCCAGCAUCUCACAACAGGCCAGUCCAGAACGUGCUGGACUUCCUCCCAGUUCACCUGCUGACCCUUCUGCUCCUUAUUUUGAAGCUGGCUCGUACCUGCCGGACGGCAGCGCUGUGGACCCCGACUACUAUUUCUCCAACAUAAGCUCCAGCUUCUCCGUCUCGCCACUCUUCACGGGCUGCAACAGUAAAGGGUUUGACGCACCUCUGGAUUUACUGAGGCAGCUUUUGCAAAUGGUUGAGCAGUUUGUGUCUGAAUCUUUUAUGAAGACACUGGAUCAGUCUAUGGUUGAAGUCCUGGAGGUCAAUGCAUCAGCUAAUCUGUUCUACAAGACAUUCAGUGAUCCACUGUAUGUGGCCAUCUUUAAAAUGCUGAGGGACACUUUAUACUACAUGAAAGACCUCCAGGUGUCGUUCGUGAAAGAGGUUCAUGACUUUGUUCUGGAGCAGUUCAGCAGCAGUCAGUCAGAGCUCCAGAGGAUCCUGCAUGACGUGGAGUAUCUGCACAGCGAGCUGAACCCACUCAAACUGCGCUGCCAGGCCAACGCUGCCUGCGUGGACCUCAUGGUGUGGGCCGUCACUGAGGAGCAGGGUGCGGAAAACCUGUGCACAAAACUGUCCGAGAAGCUGCAGUCCAAGACGUCCAGUAAAGUCAUCAUCGCUCACAUGCCUCUGCUCAUCUGCUGCUUACAGGGUCUUGGACGGCUGUGUGAGCGUUUCCCUGUGGUGGCUCAUUCAGUCACCAUGUCUCUAAGAGAUUUCCUAGUGGUACCUUCACCUGUAUUAGUGAAGCUCUACAAGUACCACAGUCAGUACACCACAGGAACAGGAGAGAUCAAGAUCCAUGUGACUAAUGAGCAUUCCCAGUCCACCUUUAGUUCUCACGCCAGUAAAAAGAGCCAGCCGUCCAUGUAUGAGCAGCUCCGAGACAUUUCAAUUGACAAUAUAUGCAGGUGUUUGAAAGCAGGGUUGUCCAUGGACUCAGUCAUCGUUGAGGCUUUCCUAGCCAGUCUUUCCAACCGUCUUUACAUCUCACAGGAAAAUGACAAGGACGCCCACCUCAUCCCCGAUCACACUAUACGAGCAUUAGGGCACAUCGCUGUGGCUUUGAGAGACACUCCCCGCGUGAUGGAGCCCAUCCUACAGAUCCUACAGCAGAAGUUCUGCCAGCCGCCGUCUCAGCUCGAUGUCCUCAUCAUAGAUCAGCUGGGCUGUAUGGUCAUCACAGGAAACCAAUACAUUUAUCAGGAAGUUUGGAACUUGUUUCAGCAGAUUAGUGUAAAGGCCAGCUCGAUGGUUUACUCCACCAAAGACUAUAAGGAUCAUGGAUACAGACACUGUUCUCUGGCCGUGAUCAAUGCUCUGGCCAACAUCGCAGCCAACUUGCAGACAGAGCAGAUGGUGGAUGAGCUGCUGGUGAAUCUGCUGGAGUUGUUUGUGCAGCUCGGACUGGAAGGGAAACGAGCCAGUGAAAGAGCCAGUGAGAAAGGCCCGGCCCUCAAGGCGUCCAGCAGCGCUGGCAAUUUAGGAGUUCUCAUUCCCGUCAUUGCUGUGUUGACCAGACGAUUGCCACCCAUAAAAGAGGCCAAACCGAGACUGCAGAAGCUGUUCAGAGAUUUCUGGCUGUAUUCUGUUGUGAUGGGCUUCGCUGUUGAAGGCUCAGGUUUGUGGCCGGAGGAGUGGUAUGAGGGAGUGUGUGAGAUCGCAACCAAAUCCCCUCUGCUGACGUUCCCAAGCGGAGAACCGCUGCGCUCAGAACUGCAGUAUAACUCUGCCCUAAAGAACGACACUGUCACUGCGGCCGAGCUGAAUGAUUUAAGGGGCACCAUCAUUAACCUGCUGGAUCCUCCGCCGGAGGUCGCUGCACACAUCAAUAAACUGGACUUCGCCAUGUCCACCUACCUGCUGUCUGUCUACCGCCUGGAAUACAUGAGGGUCUUACGCUCACUGGAUUCUGAUCGUUUCCAAGUGAUGUUUCGAUAUUUUGAGGACCGAGCAAUUCUGAAGGAUAAAUCAGGGAUGAUGCAGUGUGUCAUUGCGGUGGGCGACAAGGUCUUUGAUGUCUUUCUUCAGAUGAUGGCUGACAAGGAAAAGACCAAAGCCCAUGAGGAGGAGUUAGAAAAUCAUGCACAGUUCCUAUUGGUCAACUUCAACCACAUUCACAAGAGAAUCCGAAGAGUGGCUGACAAAUAUCUGUCAGGACUCGCUGAGACUUUUCCACAUUUGUUGUGGAGUGGUCGUGUCCUGAAGACCAUGCUGGAUAUAUUACAGACCUUGUCUCUUUCACUCAGUGCUGACAUCCACAAAGACCAGCCGUAUUAUGACAUACCGGACACCCCAUAUCGCAUCACAGUGCCGGAUACAUACGAGGCCAGAGAGAGCAUAGUGAAAGACUUUGCAGCCCGCUGUGGAGAAAUCCUAAAAGAGGCCAUGAAAUGGGCGCCUUCAGUCACCAAAUCUCACCUACAGGAGUACCUGAAUAAGCAUCAGAACUGGGUGUCAGGUUUGUCUCAGCACACGGGUCUGGCUAUGGCCACUGAGAGCAUCCUGCACUUCGCUGGAUACAAUCGGCAAAGCACCAGUCUGGGUACCACUCAGCUCACAGAGAGACCGGCGUGCGUGAAGAAAGACUACUCCAACUUCAUGGCCUCCCUCAACCUGAGAAACCGCUAUGCUGGAGAGGUUGCAGGGAUGAUCAAUUUCUCUGAGGCAACGCGGAGCACGUCAGAUCUGAAUAAGCUGAUGAUUCGUCAGAUGAAUGAAGCUCUGGAUGGAGGCCAGCCAGAAGCCUUCACUGAAGCCAUGUUCAAAAUGGCUGCACUGCUGAUCAGCUCCAAAGAAUGGGACCCUCAGCUGCUGCAUCACCUGUGCUGGUCUCCAUUAAAGAUGUUCACUGAGAAUGGCAUGGAAACAGCUAUUGCCUGCUGGGAAUGGCUCCUGGCUGCAAGGACAGGCGUUGAAGUCCCGUUCAUGCGGGAGAUGGCAGGCGCGUGGCAGAUGACCGUCGAGCUGAAGAUGGGGCUGUUCUCCGACGCCCAGGUGGAAGCAGAUCCUCUGGCGGCCUCAGAGGAAAGCCAGCCCCUCCCCUGCCCGCCUGACGUCACUCCCCACUACAUCUGGAUUGAGUUUCUGGUUCAGCGUUUUGAGAUCGCCAAGUACAGCAGUGCCGAUCAAGUGGAGAUUUUCGGCAGUCUUCUGCAGAGGUCUUUGUCUCUCAAUGUUGGCGGCCCAAAAAGUGGCCUGAAUCGCCACGUGGCGGCCAUUGGACCACGCUUCAGGUUGUUGACACUGGGACUUGCCCUCCUGCAUUCUGACGUCGUGACCAACGCCACCAUCCGUAACGUCCUACGUGAAAAGAUAUACUCCUCCGCCUUUGAUUAUUUCAGUGUGGCCUCGAAGUUCCCCACCCAGGGAGACAGUCGUCUGCGCGAGGACAUCAGCGUCAUGAUCCGCUUCUACGCCAGCAUCCUGUCUGAUAAGAAGUACCUAGCUGCUAGUCAGCUUGUGCCACCUGACAACCAAGAUCCAUCCCUGAACAGUUUGUCUGUGAUGAACGCCGCCGACCCGAGGAACAACAUGGACAUGGCCGUGGGUUCCCGCCAGCAGAGCACUCAGGGCUGGAUUAACACCUACCCACUGUCCAGCGGGAUGUCCACCACCUCUAAGAAAUCAGGCAUGUCCAAAAAGAGCAACAGAGGCACCCAGUUACACAAGUACUACAUGAAGCGCAGGACGUUACUGUUGGCCUUACUGGCCAGUGAGAUUGAGCGACUGACCACUUGGUACAACCCACUGUCAACGCAGGAGCUGGCCAUCGCCACAGAGCAGUCGGUAGAGACCAGCAUCUCCAACUGGAGAUCCAAAUACAUCAACCUGAGUGAGAAACAGUGGAAGGACAACGUCAAUUUGGCCUGGAGUAUCGCUCCGUAUCUGGCCUUGCAGCUUCCAGCAAGGUUCAAAAAUGCAGACGCCAUUGUGGCUGAAGUGACCCGUCUGGUUCGACUGGAUCCUGGCGCUGUCAGUGACGUGCCGGAGGCAGUAAAGUUCCUGGUGACUUGGCAUACCAUUGAUGCUGAUUCUCCAGAGCUGAGUCACAUCCUGUGCUGGGCUCCCGCGGAUCCUCCCACCGGCCUUUCGUACUUCUCCAGCAUGUACCCUCCGCAUCCACUGACCGCUCAGUAUGGUGUCAAAGUCCUGCGCUCCUUCCCUCCUGACGCCAUUUUGUUUUACAUUCCUCAAAUCGUUCAAGCGCUGCGCUAUGACAAGAUGGGUUACGUGCGCGAGUACAUCCUGUGGGCCGCGCAGAAGUCCCAGCUCCUCGCUCAUCAGUUCAUAUGGAACAUGAAGACCAACAUCUUUCUGGACGAGGAGGGCCAUCAGAAAGAUCCGGACAUCGGUGAGCUUCUGGAGCAGAUGGUGGAGGAGAUCACACACUCUCUGUCGGGCCCCGCUAAAGACUUCUACCAGCGCGAGUUUGACUUCUUUAACAAGAUCACUAACGUCUCUGCUAUUAUCAAGCCUGUUCCGAAAGGAGAUGAGAGGAAGAGAGCGUGUCUGAAGGCGCUGUCAGAAAUCAAAGUUCAGCCAGGUUGCUAUUUGCCAAGCAAUCCAGAAGCUAUCGUCCUCGAUAUCGACUACAAGUCAGGAACACCUAUGCAGAGCGCUGCCAAAGCCCCUUAUCUGGCAAAAUUCAAAGUGAAGAGGUGUGGUGUUAGCGAGCUGGAAAAAGAGGGUCUGCGAUGCCCAUCUGACUCUCAGGAUGAAAGUGAUGAGAAUUCAGAGACGGCUCAAAAUAUCUGCUGGCAGGCGGCCAUCUUUAAAGUGGGCGAUGAUUGCAGACAGGACAUGCUCGCCCUUCAGAUCAUCGGUCUCUUCAAGAACAUCUUUCAGCUGGUGGGUUUGGAUCUGUUCGUGUUCCCGUACCGUGUGGUGGCCACGGCUCCUGGAUGCGGCGUGAUCGAAUGUAUUCCCGAUUGUAAGUCCCGCGAUCAGCUCGGCCGGCAGACUGACUUUGGCAUGUACGACUACUUCAGGAACCAGUACGGGGACGAGUCCACGCUGGCCUUCCAGAAGGCUCGGUAUAACUUCAUCCGCAGUAUGGCCGCAUACAGUCUGCUGCUCUUCCUUUUACAAAUCAAAGACCGUCACAAUGGCAACAUCAUGUUGGACAGCAAAGGCCAUCUCAUUCAUAUCGACUUCGGCUUCAUGUUUGAGAGUUCUCCAGGUGGUAAUCUGGGCUGGGAGCCCGACAUCAAGCUGACCGACGAGAUGGUGAUGAUCAUGGGCAACAAGAUGGAGGCCACUCCCUUUAAAUGGUUCAUGGAGAUGUGUGUGCGCGGAUACCUGGCAGUAAGGCCGUACAUGGAUGCUGUUGUAUCACUGGUGACACUGAUGCUCGACACGGGAUUGCCGUGCUUUAGAGGACAGACUAUCAAACUGCUGAAGCAAAGGUUCAACCCCAACAUGAGCGAGAAGGAAGCCGCAGCUUUCAUGAUUAAAGUCAUCGAGCGCUGCUUCCUCAGUAGCAGGAGCAAAACCUAUGACUGGCUGCAAUACUACCAGAACCAGAUCCCAUACUGAGACCAGCCCGACGACUUCUCACCGGCCUCGGAUUGAGAUCAGUAGUCAUUAUCAGUUUAUUACAAUCCUUUAUGACGAGCACUUUAUAGAUCAGAAUAAAUUGCCCGCUCUGAUUGGCCCUGACCGCGGCAUGCAGGCGUGUCACUUCCUGUGCGGCUGCCUCGGGGCCUCUCUAGUGAUCCGCUGUAGUCCAAAAGCUGCAUGUUUGUCCUCUGAUCUCCCUUUAAGGCAUCUGCCAUGACGGUUUGUGUGUGAAUUUUUGACAUUCCAUGCGUAGAAAUACAUCCUUUAACUCUACUUGAAUCUCUGGGUUUAGUCGCGUCACCCAGAAAGCCAUUUCUAAGACUAUGGCACAGAUUGCACUGUAGAUUAUGUGCCGUCAGCAAAUGACCUGUGUUAUGCAAUACAUCAGUGUUUGUACGUUGUAUCUCGUCUGUACGUCAUGUUCGGCACUGAAUGGGUGAAUCUUACGAAAGCUGUCAAGUAUGAUAAUUAUAGUUUUGCAAGAAAAUGGUCUAUGUUUAGGACUGUUAGAUAUUUUGCCUUAUGAAAUUGUGCAUAGCAGAUAUUUUUACAUAUCUUGUUUUUGUAAGCCUAAAUGGUGGUACUUAAGCAUGUUAGUUGCACUACCUUUAAUUUAGUGAUUUAAACAAAGAAAAAUGUAAAUAAAAUAAAACUACUUGCUUGGCUAGAAUAAUGCAAAUAAAAUUGCAAAAUGCAAUGCUCCUUAAGUUUUUUUUGUUUUGUUUUGUUUUGUUUUUGUUUUUGUUUUGACAUUUUUAAACAAAAUUUCACUUUAAUGUGAUGCAAAAUAUCACUAAUUCAUAUUUGUACAUCAUGGUGGUACUUGGUUUACUGCCUUUAAUUGGUGUUUUUUUUUUUUUUUUUUAAUAAAGAAAAUUUCCAGCAUUUUUUUUUCUAUAAUACAACAGGAAUUGCUGUAUUACACUGAAAGUAAUGUGACAAAAGUAUUACAAUGUCUGAAUGCAUUAGUGAGAACUAAGAAUAAUGCAAAUAACACAAAUUAAAAAUAAAAUAUCUUAAUGCUUCUCAAAAAAAAAAAUAAUAAUAAAUAAAAAAAUCACUAAUUAAUAUUUAUACAUCAUGGUGGUAUUUGUUGUACUGCUUUUAAUUUGUUUAUUUUAAUAAAUAAAUAAUUCCAGCCUUUUUCCCAACAUUUUUACAACAAAAAUUGCUGAAUUAUAUUGCAAAUAAUGCAAAUUAAAAAUAAAAUAUCUUAACGCUCAUAAAAAAAAAUUAUAUAUUAUUAUAAAUUAUAUAUAUAAUUUUAUUUGCAUUGUGACAUUUUUAAACACAACUUAUCAUUAAUGCAAUGCAAAAAAUUCAUUUUUAUACAUUUAUACAUGUAAUAAAACAUACAUGUUUUAUUACCUUUAAUUUGGGUUAUGAAAAUACGAAAAAACAACUUUUUUUUUUAGUAUAAUACAACCAAAAAUUAACAUGAAUAAAAAUUGUGGGGAAACACGCGUGCUUGGUAAUGCAAAUAAAAUGCAACUUAUUGUGAAGCUUAUGAAAAUAGGCCUUUUGCUUUGUUCACAUCGUUCAUUUUAAACAAUUUUUUAUUAAUGUAAUGCAUGAAUGAAGUCAUGAAUAUUAUUUCACUAAUAUUUAUGUUGUACAGCCAUAAUUGGUUUUUGCUAUAGCACACUAAAAAAUUAAUUAAAAAAAUGCUAUAGCACACUAAAAAAAAUGCAUAACAAAAAAUUAAUAAAAUAAAAAAAAUUUAUGUACCAUCCAAAUGCAUUGCAGUAAUGAGAGUUGUACAAAUAAUAAUAGAAAUAAAAAUCAAUGCAAAAUAUCUAAAUGCUUCUGAAAAUAGGCUUUAUUUUCUUUACGUAAAAUCUAAUUUGGAUUUUCGGGUGAAACAUGAGCUGGAUGUGUUUUCGUGAGAUUCACUCAGACGUCGUUUGUGUGUUUUACUCCUAACAGGGAUCUUCAACCCAAAAAGAAAAUGUAGUUUACUGACUUAACGUUAAUAUCUAGUGUCAUUUUGCAUGUGUUUUUAAAAACAUUAAGGAUGUAAUUUCAUAGUGGACGAAAUAGGGAACUGCAAGUAUUACCUUCAAUCAUUAGAUUUGCUGUAUAGUUGCUGUUCAUCAUGUGCUGUCGUAGUUCCGCUGAUUUUUCUACUCACCAUCAGUGAAAAGAUUUCAAAUCAUGUCUAUGACAUUAGAGACAAAAGCUUUAGUCUUAUAUAUAAUUCCUUUAAUGUUACUCAAAGAUAAGAGAUUAUUUUAGCUGUAUAGCAGUCAUAGAUUAUAGAAGCUAUAGUUUAUUUGUGUGUAUAUAUGUUUGUCUGAUAUUUAUGACAAUAUGGAGAAAACAAUGUUGAAGUUUGAUCUGUUUUAAUUGAUUUUCAUCACCAUUGACAAUCAGGUCGCUUGUUGAUUUGUGUUGUUGUGUGAAUCCAUUGACAUGUUUGUCUUGUGCUGGGAACGUUUCUUAACCUCAUGACAAGCCGUCAACCGGUGAUAUAAGCCGUUCGUCCGCAUUUGCACUUUUAACAUUUCAUUGCUGUCAGUGUAAUCAAUCAAAUGUAUCUGUGAACAGAAAUGGACCUGAAAGCAUCUAUUAAAAUGUAAACACUUGGACAGAA